AGUUUAAAUUAUUAUUCUCGACAAUGCCGAGCCCUUCCAUCAAGUCUGAAGAACCCACUUUGCCUUUGUCUGAAUCUGACAGUCCUGCUAAAGAGGUCAAGCCGGCUUCGUGGUGGGUGCGAACAUGCGACAAAAUACCCGGUAUCACUUACUAUCGGAAAUUCCAUGAUUGGGAGAAGAACAAGUGGCCUGGUAUCAACCUGCCUCUCUUGUUGCUGUUGAUUAUCAUUAUCUUGGCACUAUGGUGGGUUCCUCCAAGUGGACUAGGUAUCCACACAUGGCAAGUGUUCGUCACCUUCUUGGUCACUAUUAUUGGCGCUGUUACAGAGCCUCUUCCGAUGUCUGGUAUUUGCUUGGUGUCUCUUGGGUUCUGUACAGUCACCAAUGUUCUGUCGACUGCGCAGAUUCUAUCCGGUUUUGGUAACGAUACCGUAUGGCUAAUUGUCUUUGCAUGCUUCAUUGCAAGCGGUUUUGUUACUACCGGUUUAGGCAAGCGGUUAUGUUUUAUUAUUUUAAAGUAUAUCGGCUCUACCACUCUUGGACUUGCUUAUGCUUUCUGUAUUUGCGAGUUCAUAUUGGCUAUGGCAAUUCCCUCGUCCACUGCUAGAGGUGCGGGUAUUCUUCUACCUAUCAUAGAGCCUCUUCUUAAGGAAGGUUUCCAGUCAGAUCCUGCACUUGGAACUGAAAGAAGAAUCGGCUCGUACAUGGUUAUGGUUGAGAUUGUUGCUAAUACCACCUCGUCUGUGUGCUGGUUAACGGGUGGUGCUUGGAAUGCUAUGAUGGCUAACUUCAUGACAGAUGUCGGAGUGCAUCUCAGUUGGGGUCAAUGGGCAUAUAGCAUGGCACCCCCGGGGAUUCUACCUCUGAUCUAUGGUCCUAUCAUCCUGUACUUCUUGUAUCCUCCAGAGAUCAAGAGAACACCGCAAGCGAAACAGUUGGCCAAUGAUAAAUUGGCUGAGAUGGGUCGUGUCGGUGCAUUCGAAAUCGUCAUGGGUUUGGUGUUCCUUUUGGUUAUUAUUCUCUGGAUUGUUGCAUCUUCUAUUGAUUUUGUGCCAUAUAGCACAACUGGUGUGGCCAUUCUCGGUUUGAGUAUCUUGCUAAUGACUGGCAUUCUUGAUGUGAAGAAGGAUAUUGUUGCCAACAAGGGAGCCUGGGAUCUGUUCCUCUGGUUUGGUGUGCUGCUAAUGUUGGCCACCGAGUUGAAGGAAACUGGCUUCUUUGAGUGGUUUGCUACUCUAAUUGAUUUGUCGAGUGUACCUGCUUACGCCAGUGUAUGGAUAUGUACGGCAAUCUUCUAUAUAUCACAGUACCUCUUCGCAAGUAUCACUGCGCAUGUGUCUGCUAUGUUCCCAGUCUUUUUGCAGAUUAUGCAAAGAGCAGGAGUGCCUAUGGAUCUAGGUGCUCGUGCACUUGCGUACACUACUCUAUCUGGUCAUCUUACUCAGUACACAAGUUCCACCAAUCCACCUUUCUUCAACAUGAAGUAUGUACCUAUGGGUCGAUGGUGGUUACAAGGUUUAAUCGUUAUGAUUGUUAACUUGAUUGUCCUUAACACUAUCUGUUGGGGAUACUGGUGGUUGCUUGGGUUCUGGUAAGGAGUGUUAUGAUGUCUAUCUUAUCACUAUUCCACACUGUUCAUAGUUUCUCGCUUUCUCGGCAUAUCCACAUGUGGCCGUAUAUGACCCUGUUGGUUUAUGUUUGUUUUGGUGUAGUUCGUGACUGACAAUGUUCAUGAGUAACAAGGAUAGCAUUCUUCCAUCCUUGUUGUUCGCUUUGUGGUUAUGACGAUCCUGUAGUUGUAGUGUUACUUUGCUGCUACCGCGUCACUGACUAUAACAUAGGUAUUGUGAUUAUAUUCCUACUAUAACGUCUCUACUGCUUUCGGGUAGAAAGCAGGUUGUUACUUUUCUUUUCCCGAAGUACACGGUACAACCGGGCAUACAAUUGGGCGCUCUAGUUGCCCCUGGGAUAGGUGUGAAGUGUCCCAGCGUAUUCUACUAUAAAGCCAGUCGAGUGGCUGGCAACCUGAGGCUCAUUGAUAGUUUGUUUAAAACAAUGAAUCUUCCUCUAGGAAUUGAUCUCAC